GUUACAAAAGCUGAUUAACUAUUGUCAAGAAAUAGUAAAUUUCAUUGUGUAAAUUUAAAGUCAUAUUUUUCAGAACGAUUUUAGAAAACUAUCAAGAUGCAGGUGUCGCAAGAAACUGAGUUUCCUUAUUCCAUGUACAUCAGUUCUCAAGAGGAAGAGGGAAGAAAGGAGCUUGCCGCUAGACCGGUGAAAAAGGAGGCUUUGAUAAGGGCCAUGGGAGAAAUAGGGAUGGCAGGAGAGUGGAGAAUCACCCAAACUAGCUGUGGACUCAUCGUCAGCUUCAUGAGGGACGAAGACCUUCUCAACUUCCAGGAGGUGGAUGUAGGGAAUGUUCUGGGAGUAGAGGCUACUGGGUACUCUUUCUCUUCCUUGGACACUUACAGACAGAAAGUCCUGAUAAAAGACUUGCCACUGCUAAUCAGCUCAAGAGAGGUGGAGAGCGCAUUAAAUAGACAAGGGGUGUUCCCUCUAUCUACUGUGAGGACUAGACAAGGGAACAUUAUGGUGGAGCUAGGUGAUGCUAGUUACCUGAUGGCAUUACUGCGAGAUGGUUUUGACUUCUACGGAACAGCCAAGUUUGCUUGCAUCCCCGUACCAACUUUGCCACCCCCGCCUACAACUAUAGCCCCACAAUGGGACAUGGUCCUGCCAGCCCCACCUCCACCACGGGAUAGUGUGGUUCAGUGCUUCAAAUGUCAGGGGUUCUGGCACUUUGCAGCGCAGUGUCCCGGCCCCCAGAGGUGUGUCCGGUGUGGAGACGGCCAUCCAGUGUCUGAAUGUUCCCGUCCCAGGAAUGACCCCAUCUGUGUCCACUGCUCUGGCAACCAUCACGCAGCAUACAAGCUCUGUCCUGUCAGGCUCCAGAUGAAGACUUAUGUUCCUCUACCUCAGGUGUACUUCCCUGCCUACCUCCCACACCCGGGCUACCCUCAGUGACCUCCCUCAUGUGUUGUCCUGUCUUGAUUAAAUUUUGUGUCGUUUUGUCGGAGAUUGUA